AUGGAUGAACUGACCGAAUUUAACUAUUUUAUAGUGCUCAUAACGUUGAUGAUCAUGGCUUCCGUACAUAAUCUUAUUAAAUCCAUAUCGCUUUAUCGAGCUCAUAUUUUUAAAGUGUCAAGUACAAUAAAAAUUAUUUUUAAUGUUUGUGGUCUUGCGUGUGGUAUAUCCAAUUUAGUAGUACUUUUUACAUCAACCGCUGCGACUUUAUCAAAAUGUUUGGCUACUACUUAUUUGGAAAUGAUAACGAAUUUCGCAUUUUCAGAAUUGGUUAUGAUUUUCUUAAUCUGGAAGUUAAGGCAACUUGGGAAAUCUGAAAAUCAUGAUUAUAUCGGAUAUGGAUUACUUUUAACGAGAAGUUCGCUUCAUAUUAUACACGUCGUAUUAACAAAACCGCAAAUAUUCUUUGAUCCUGUUUCAUCUAAAUGUGAAAAAAACGCAAAUGAUUGGAAGACAUUUUUGUUAAUUGCAACUGUAACCGAUAUUCUCAUAGAUGUUUACGUUGCAUUUCGUUUUUUUCUAUAUAUCAGAAAUGCGAAAUCAAUUCAUUCUAAUAGAUUAAUUAUAUGGGAUUCGUUACGUAUAUUUAUGGCAUCAAUACAAGAUAUAAGCAUUAUAGUAUUAAGUCAUAUAAGCUAUCCAACUAUUAGUUACACUAUAUUAUCCGUUAUUUUCAUUUCUUUAUCAUAUGUAAUAACUAUUGAUGUAGGAAAAUCUGAUAAUCCCACAGAUGAAGGCAGUUUAGAAGACGAUUUAGAAAGAACAUUAGAUGACAUUUCAGAAACUUCAAAUUAUAGUGUAAACAUUGUUUUAAGAGCUUCAAAUGGAAUGUUGGCAGAUACUCCACUAAAAGAUGUUCGUGAUAUAAUUAAAAUGGAACAACAAUAUAAUAUUGAAAUGUUAGGUCCAAACGUUGAUGUUGAAGUUUCACAACAAUCUUUAUCAUUUUAUGAAAUAGUAUCAAUUAUUUUUGGUGAAGAUUAA